UCAAGCUCAGCAGCAUACACUUUCGACGGUCAAAUAACAAAAUGCGCGCUUUUAUUGUAUUAGCUUUGAUUGCUGCAGCACGUGCCGAUGUUGGUGGUUACAACUAUGGUGCUGCUGUGGGCUCAUUUCCAUUGGGUGGACACGGUGGUAGUAAUGGCGCCGCUCACUUAAGCGCGCCCAUUGGCGGUGGCAACGCUGGUAAUCUCGGUGGACCUGCCAGUAAUGGCGGUGUUGGCGACUUCGGCUCUCCACUCAGUGCGCCUGUGGCAGCCGCCGCGCCUGCUGGACCAGAGUUUCAAAAGGAGUUCUUCACUUACCAGGCACCCGAUGCUGAAUUCGAUGAUGACAAACCACUUGGCGACUUAUCUUCAGGUUUGAAGAAAAACCUGCGCGUUGUUUUCAUUAAGGGACCCGAAAACAAUGGCCUUUCCGAUGCUGCCCUGCAGUUGGCCAAACAUGCUGGUGAACAGAAAACCGCUAUUUAUGUUUUGCAGAAACAGAGCGACGUAUCGGAUUUGGCGCAAAAAUUGCAAAACCUCAAUGUACAGAACACCAACAAACCCGAAGUGCACUUUGUAAAAUACCGUACGCCCGAAGAUGCCGCCCACGCACAACAUGCUAUCCAACAGCAGUACAACGAUUUGGGCGGAGACUCCGUGUCCCACGACGGUGGCUUAGCACCAGUCUUGAAUUUCGCUUCCCAAUCUCCUGCUGCGCCUGCUGCACCAUCCAACGCCUAUAUUCCACCCGCUGCCCCUGCUUCCCUUCCCGCGCCUGCCGCCCCCGCAGCCCCUGUUGCCCAAUCGAACACGUACAUUCCACCAGCAGCUCCAUCGAAUACAUACAUCCCACCUGCCAGCCAACCAGAGGCUCCAAGCAACGCUUACUUGCCCAUCCUCAAGUUUUAAAUUUCUCAUUAAGGGAAGCUAUGCAUUUCUCGUAGAAGACGUAAGCGCAA